GCGGCGGCGACGGCAGCAGCAGUGGCGGCUGGAACCGGGUGGAGGCCGUGGGGGGGGUCUCAGCCCGCACCGGGACCGGAACAAGUCUGGGACCUGUCGCUAUGGGGGACAUGAAGACCCCUGACUUUGAUGACCUCCUUGCUGCUUUUGACAUCCCCGACAUUGAUGCAAAUGAAGCCAUUCAUUCUGGGCCGGAAGAGAAUGAGGGAGCAGGAGGCCACGGGAAGCCAGAGCCCAGCGUAGGAGGCGACCCUAAGGACAGGGCAGCCGCCGCCAAGGGUGACCCUGAGAGCCCAGCUGAGGCCUCUGAUCAUGGCCUUCCACAGCCCCCGGACACUUCCACGGUCAGCGUCAUUGUCAAGAACACAGUGUGUCCUGAGCAGUCUGAGAUCCUGACUGGGCAUUCAGGAGAGGAGGAGACCAAGGCUGGGCAUGCAACUAAGGAAGGACCUGUGGCGUCUUGUUUAAUGCAAAAUGGAUUUGGGGGUCCUGAGCCAUCCCUCUCAGAAACCCCCCAUUCUCCAGCCCUUGCCAGUGGGGGUGCCUGGAAAGAAAAGGCUAUGGAAGGCCAAACAUGCUUGGACCUCUUUGCUCACUUUGGGUCUGAACCAGGACACCGCUCAGAUCCCCUGCCUCCCAAACCUUCCCCGCCUCAUGAUGGUGACAUGGCCCCUCGCUCCACUCCCUAUGAGCUGGCCCCAGAAAAUGGCUCAGCCCUGCUGCCUCCCAGCUCUCUCCUGCCACAGGUGACCGUGAAACAGGAAAGCUGCAGCCCCCAGCAUUCCCAGGGCCUAACCCAGAGGAGCUCAGGUCUCAGCCCUGAGGCAGCGGGCAUCCCUGCCAGUGCCUCGCCCGCCCAGGUGGCCGGGGUGUCCUUCAAGCAGUCUCCAGAACACCAGGGCGCUCCUGCUUCCCCUGUAAAGGCACCCAGUUGUACACCUCUGAAGGAGGAAGAUGAGGGAACAGGGGACAAGACGCCCCCAAGAAGUCCCCAGAGUCCCUCAAGUGGAGCCGAGGCUGCCGACGAGGACAGCAACGACUCCCCCACGUCCUCCAGCUCCUCUGGGCCCCUCAAGGUGCGGAUCAAGACUGUUAAAACAUCCUGUGGCAAUAUCACAAGAACUGUCACUCGGGUUCCCUCAGAACCUGUCCCUCCUGCCCCUUUGGCUGAGGGGGCCAUUCUGGCUGAGGCUAGCUUCUUGAAACUGUCCCCUGUAACUCCAACUCCUGAGGGUCCAAAGGUGGUGAGUGUCCAACUGGGUGAUGGCACGAGACUGAAAGGUACAGUGCUGCCUGUGGCUACCAUCCAGAAUGCUAGCACUGCCAUGCUAAUGGCAGCUAGUGUUGCCCGCAAAGCAGUGGUUCUGCCAGGGGGGAAUGCCACCAGCCCUAAGACUAUGACUAAGAAUGUGUUAGGUCUGGUGCCCCAAACUCUGCCUAAGGCUGAGGUGCGGACAGGGUUAGGUCUUGGGGGUCAGAAGGUGAAUGGGGCCUCAGUGGUGAUGGUACAGCCUUCUAAGUCUGCCACUGGGCCAGGCACAGCAGGCGGCUCGGUGAUCUUGCGGACGCAGUCCAGCCUGGUAGAGGCCUUCAACAGGAUCCUCAACAGCAAGAACCUGUUGCCCGCUUACAGACCGAACUUGAGUCCACCAGCUGAGGCUGGGCUGGCCCUACCUCCAACAGGCUACCGCUGCCUUGAGUGUGGGGAUGCCUUCUCACUGGAGAAGAGCCUGGCACGGCACUAUGACCGCAGGAGCAUGCGCAUAGAGGUCACCUGUAACCACUGUGCCCGUCGCCUGGUCUUCUUCAACAAGUGUAGCCUGCUUCUGCACGCCCGGGAGCACAAGGACAAGGGGCUUGUCAUGCAGUGCUCACACCUGGUCAUGAGGCCCGUGGCGCUCGACCAGAUGGUGGGGCAGCCCGAUAUCACACCCCUGCUGCCGGUGGCUGUCCCACCUGUGCCUGGACCUCUGGCCUUGCCUGUUUUGGGCAAGGGGGAGGGGGCUGUCACUUCCUCUGCCGUUACUACCACAGUUGCCCCUGAAGCCCCUGUGCUGCCACUCCCAACAGAGCCGCCUGCUGCCCCUGCCCCCUCCGUUCACACGUGCUUUCGCUGCCUGGAGUGCAAGGAGCAGUGCCGCGACAAGGCUGGCAUGGCAGCCCACUUCCAGCAGCCGGGCCCUCCUGCGCUCGGUUCGGCCGGCAAUGUGUGCCCGUCGUGUCCCAUGAUGCUCCCCAACCGCUGCAGCUUCAGCGCCCACCAGCGCACGCAUAAGAACCGCCCCCCCCACGUCUGUCCUGAGUGUGGGGGCAACUUCCUACAAGCCAGUUUUCAGAUCCAUCUUCGAGAGGCCUGUCUGCACUUCUCUCGCCGUGUAGGAUACAGGUGCCCCAGCUGUGCAGUGGUGUUUGGGGGUGUGAACUCCAUCAAGUCCCACAUACAGGCAUCACACUGCGAAGUUUUCCACAAGUGCCCCAUCUGCCCCAUGGCCUUCAAGUCUGCACCCAGCGCUCACGCCCACCUCUACUCCCAGCACCCCAGCUUCCUCUCCCAGCAAGCCAAGCUGAUCUAUAAGUGUGCCAUGUGUGACACAGUCUUCACUCACAAACCCCUCCUCUCCUCACACUUUGACCAGCACCUGCUGCCCCAGCGUGUCAGUGUCUUUAAGUGCCCAUCUUGUCCUCUGCUUUUUGCCCAAAAAAGGACCAUGCUGGAGCACCUCAAGAACACUCAUCAGUCUGGACGUUUGGGGGAAGAGGCAGUUGGGAAAGGGCCUGGAGACGCCCUUCUGACCCCUAAGACUGAGCCUGAGGAGCUGGCUGUGUCUCAGGCAGAGGCAGCCCCUGCUACUGAGGAGUCCUCUUCUUCUGAAGAGGAGCUGCCCAGCUCCCCUGACCCUCCCCGCCAAACCAAGCGACCCCGACGUGACCUGGGAAGCAAAGGCAUCAAAGGUGGGGGUGGGGGGCCCGGGGGCUGGACUUGUGGCCUUUGUCACUCCUGGUUUCCUGAACGUGAUGAGUAUGUGACUCACAUGAAGAAGGAGCAUGGCAAGUCAGUGAAGAAGUUCCCCUGCCGCCUGUGUGAGCGCUCCUUCUGCUCUGCCCCCAGCCUGAGGCGCCACGUCAGGGUCAACCACGAGGGCAUCAAGCGAGUUUACCCAUGCAGGUAUUGCACGGAGGGAAAACGCACCUUCAGUAGUCGCCUGAUCCUGGAGAAGCAUGUCCAGGUGCGGCACGGCUUGCCCCUGGGGACCCAGGCCCCUUGUGGCCGAGGGGGCACGCUGGUUCGAGGCUCUGCUGGUAGAGCCCAGGGGCCAGGACGGAAACGCCGCCAGUCUUCUGACUCAUGCAGCGAGGAGCCUGACAGUACAACGCCACCAGCCAAGUCCCUGAGGGGUGGCCCUGGGUCAGGAGGCCACGGUCCUCUGCGCUGUAGGAGAGGUGGCUCAGCAGAACAGAGCCUUGUGGGGUUGCGGGUGGACGGUGGCACCCAGCAGUGCCUUGACUGUGGCUUGUGCUUCGCCUCCCCCGGCUCCUUGAGCCGCCACCGGUUCAUUAGCCACAAGAAGAGACGUGCUGGGGGUAAGGCCGGUGCCCUGGGGCUGGGGGAUGUGGACGAGGAGGCUCCUCCAUUACGCUCUGACCCAGAGGGUGCAGGCUCACCUUCGCCUGCUUCUGGAGACCUGCUGACGUGUAAGGUCUGCGGUAAGAACUGCGACAGCCCUCUGAACCUCAAGACCCACUUCCGCACGCAUGGCAUGGCGUUUAUCAGGGCCCGGCAGGGAGGCAGUGGGGACAACUAGGUCCCAGG